UUUGAAAAUUCAUAAAUACCACCAAAUAAUUGAGCGCCAAUUCUCCAUUAUCAACCACUGACGAAGUUAUUGAAGUUCUUAAUCAAACAUGGAGAAAUCUCGUGAAUUUGCUGAACUAAUCCUACACGCCAUUAAUAUUCCUCUCUUCAAUUCGUAAUACCUUUCACUUUCUUCUCUGUCCACUUCCUAAUUUGAAUUUAAUUUCCUCUCUGCCCCGUUACUCUUUCGAAUUAAUCACGUUCUCUUAUGAAACCACUCUUUAAAUCCCAUGAAGUUUCUGAUUCCUGCAACUCCACCGGCCGUCGUUUCCGUUUGGUUGAUAUUUUCCGGGAAGAAAACGAGGGCGGUGACGGGUUUUCUGGGGAUUUGGGUAUGUCCCGAGUGCGUGGCUUGUCGGAUGAGUCUGUGAGCAUUGACUGUUUGUCGCCUCGGCGGAUUGUUGCUCGGUGGGUGGCUUCGUUCCGGCGACCGAAGCGGAGGAGAGCGCUUGAGGAGGUUAGGAGAGUGAAAGAGGGUGGAGAUUCUGAUGGUCCGUUGACGUGUUGUAGGUGCUCGAGGGAUGGAGUGGACGGUGGUGCUUCCUCAGCUUCACCGGGAGUGAUUGUAGGGCCAGGACUGAGUAGGAAAGAAGACACAUCAUUCAACUUGGGAGUUGGGUGUAGUUUGUUGUCUCUUGUACUUGCAAGUAAAAAUGAACUUUCGAAGAUGGUAGAUUUGAGGAGAGAAAUGGAACAUUUUCUUCAAGAGAUCAAAGAGGAUCUUGGAAGAAAAGACAAUCACUUUGAGCCAUUCCAUUCAAAUGCAGAUGUGGCUUGUUCGUCUACGGAUUGUCAAGACGGUCCUUGUUCUACCAGCCAGCUUUCAUAUCAGCAAGAUUUUUCAUCUCAAAUUGUGUCUGAUGCACAAUCAACUAUACCAAAUCAUUCCCGGAUGUCUUGUUUGUAUGAACAAGCUGGGGAAUGUCAGGAACGAAUCGACGAAUUGGAAUCUGAAUUCGAGGCCGAGUUAGAACGUUUACAGCUUCACUUGGAAGUUGAAAGUUCUUCUGGACGCAUAGAACAUCUAAGAAUUAAGACUGCGAAGAACACAAACUCGACAAGAAGCUGCUGUAUGAGUUCUGGUGAAGUCACUGAUCUCCAAGAAGAUGGGACUGAGAGGCAAGAAGGAGUUCCGCCUGUAGAACUCGAAAGAAAGUUGCAUGAACUGCUAGAAGCAAGGCAGCAAGAGCAGAUAAAAGAACUCAAAGAGGCUCUAGAAUGUGCCAAACAAGAGAUUAUUGAUAAAGAAUCUGAAGUUUCUUGGUGGAAAGAAACUGCAAAAGUUAUUUCUAAGCAUAUUCCAUCUCAUUCACGACUUAGACUUGCUUCUCAAUAUGACCAGCUUCAACUACUUGGGUAAGCAUCGUUCUACAAUUUACAAAACCUCCUCAGAGUUCAGAGAGAUUAAUGUUAUUGAAACGAUGACUGAAGCUUUCGAUACAGCCAAACAUCACUAUGUUUUUAAAUUGAGAAUUUCAUAUUUAGCGCAUGUUUUGGAGUGAUUUCUAAUAAUUUUGUCAUGUUUAAAAUCACUUCGAAAACCUGUUUAAUAUUUACUUCUACUCUUGUAAAUACAAAUUUCAUAUCAACAAAAUUGAUUUAGAAUGGUUAAAGACA